AGAAAUAUAGAUAUUGUCCUCCCCAGGUGCAACCCUCAUCAGUCAACUAACACCUAGGUACCUACUUACUACUAGGUGAACAGGAGGAUUGAUCCCAGGCCUGCACAUGUCAAAGCCUGUCAGCAUGAGCCAGUUCAUGAAGAGAACCAAAAGUAGCACCAGAGAGAACGUGCAACAUCGCUCUUCAUCACAUCAUCCACAGCAGUUUCUUGGCUCCUCCAUAAACCAGCAUUAAAGUGUUGCAGCAUAACUCUCCAGCAGCAUCAUGACUUCUAUUAUCUUAUAUUUACAGUAGACCAUCGAUUAGAAUGUGAUCUGUAACUUUUUCGUUACGUGACUGUUCCAAAAUUGUGACAUAUUUUUGAUCAUCACUCCAUGGAACUUUUGGGGAAGAAAGCUGAAAGCAUGUACAAGAAGGUUAGUAACUGCUAAUUUCAUUAACUACAUAUUGCUGCACCAUUAACAGUCAUUCACUUACCCUCUUACACAGAUGGUGAAUGUGUUAGUGAUUGAUAAUUAAGUGUGGAAAGUAAAGGAAAAGUGAAAGAAGAGUCUCGUGGCACUGACAUGAUAUAAGUUUGUAUGUAAAGUUCUGAGUCUAGACAAUAUGCACUGUUUAUAAAUUGUUUAUCACUAUGAGAAAAAAAACAACAAAUGUGACUAAAUUAGUUUAUUCCUGCAUACAAGUCAAUAUGUGGUAUUUUCAUAUCCUUUGCUUCAUGUGUGCUAAAAUUUGAAGAUACUGGAGAUAGUUUAUAUACAAAUUAAGAGGAUUGACAGGAACUUCACCUGACCAUGAGAGCGAUUCCCCCAGUGUUUAUAUCUCUGUUUAUCUUUCUUUGCAUAAUAAAUGUUAGAACAGAAAGGAACCUGGAUGUAAUAUGUAUAUAGUACCUACUUCAGGUAUGGUAUUUUUUACUGAUAUUUUCAGGUGGUAGUGGUUUUGGUGGACCCAGGUGAUAGUUGUCAGGUAAUAGUUAAGGAACUGCUUGUCAUAUGUUUGCACAGGUACUGUACAGGGUCACAUCCGUGCACUCCACACAUUUCCAUAUCAACAAGAAAAGACAACUACAGUGAAUAGAAAACUUGGUCAUUUUUAAGUUUUGACAAAUUACAAAGCUUUAAAAACAUUUAGUUAUCCUUUUUUUGGGGGAGUCUAAUGAACAUAACCCUAUUUUUCCUAUAUGUUCUUCUGGGCCUAGAACAACUGAUGUCUUAACAUCAACUGUAUGAAGUACUGCAGGGUAAAAGAGACCAAAGGUACAUUACAGAAUUUCUUACUCCAAUACAACCAUUACUUUAGUGCCAGAGCUUCAACCAUCCACCUCAGCUAACAAUCCACCUCAGCCCAGUAGGGUUUAAUGUCUAAAAUAAAUUUGCAAGGAUCUUAGAGAUGUAAAAUCACAUCAGUGUCUAGUUUGUUGAAAAAAUUCUCUUCAUAACCUCUAAUAAAAUUCUAUAAUAGCAUGUAUGAAUCUUUCGUCAAACAUUAUAUUGGCAAAAUAUGUGAGGGGAAUUAUGGUAGUGUUUUAGUGUCUUAAGCAAUAACAUUAAUAAAUUUAAUAUAACUUUAUGUUCAUACAAGGUAUUAAGACAAUUUUUUUAUUCAUUGUAUAACAAACUUUUAAAAUACUUUUUAGUAGAAUGCAAAACUUGAUACAGUGGAAGAGUCAUACAGUUAUAAAAAAAAUAUUUAAAAGAAAAGUUUAAAUAAUAAAAAGUGUUCAUAUGGAAAAAAAAUAUUUCUCGGCUUAAGAGAUUCCAGUAAAGUUUAGUUUUGUUAUAUAUAUCAGAGUUCAAGGCUAUUUUUAAUAAUAAAAUUGAGGUCAGAAUGAGUGCUCAUACUGAAAAUAAAUUGCAUCAGUGUUCAUUCUGUCUUAAGGACUUCACACGGCAUGGAAAUUUACUGAAACAUAUGAAAACUCACACUGGAGAGAGACCAUAUCAGUGUUCAGUGUGUCUAAAAGACUUUGCCUGUCAUCAAACUCUUUCACGUCAUUUAAGGGUUCAUGCUAGUGAUGAACCUUCUCAGAGCCCACAGAGUGUAAAUGACUUAACAAAUAAAUCAAAUUUACUCAAACCUGCACGAGUUUGUAAAGGAAAGAAAUUGUAUCCAAGUUCAGGGAGUCAACGACGUUUGCCUAGAAAGAUAGUUCUUGGCUCAGGAAAGAAAGUUGUUAAUCAAACUAAGAAGCUUCCUGUCAAAGAGAAGCGAUAUCAGUGUUUGGAGUGUGAAAAAGACUUCUUGCAACAUGUAGGUCUCCUGAAACAUAUGAGAGUUCAUAUAGAGAAGACACUGUCCCAGAGGACAGUGUGUGAGAAACAAAAUUCUAAUGUGAAAGACGUUUGUCAAGAUGAAGUUAAUACCGCAGAUAAAUUAUAUCAGUGUUCAGAGUGUCCAAGAGAGUUUACACGAUAUGCAAAUCUAGUAAAACACAUGAGACUGCACACAGGAGAGAAACCAUAUAAAUGUUCUAUGUGUUCGUAUCAGUUUCCAUUAUAUGUACAUCUAAUAAAGCAUUUGAAGGUUCAUAUUGGAGAGGAACAAACUCAGUGCUUAGAAACAGUAGAAGUUGCUGCAGAUGAGUUGCAUUAGGUGUCAGGUAUAGUUUACAUAAAAGAAAUUACAGUGGACCCCCGCAUACCGAUUUUAAUCCGUGCAAGAGGGGUCAUUGUUAUGCGAAAUAAUCGUAUGCGAAUGAAUUUUCCCCAUAAGAAAUAAUGGAAAUCAAAUUAAUCCGUGCAAGACACCCAAAAGUAUGAAAAAAAAAAUUUUACCACAUGAAAUAUACAUUUUCCUACACACAAAGAGAAGGAUACAUGCACAAUAGUAGAGUAGUACAUGCACAGUAUAAAAUUGUGCAUGUACUAGUCUACUAAAUGAAGAAUAAAUGACACUUACCUUUAUUGAAGAUGCAGCAAUGACUGAUGAGACACUGUGUCCUGGGAGUGCCUUUUCCUCCUGAGUACUGUAGGUCCUGUUUGGCAUUUUCUUCCAGAACAGGCCUUAUCACACUGUGUAUGCCACUAUGAUUCUUAAAUCUCUCAAACCAACCUUUGCUGGCUUUAAAUUCACCAAUAUGAGCACUAGUUCCAGGCAUUUUUCCCUGUUCACUUGGGUGUUAGUCGACUUGUGUGGGUUGCAUCCUGGGAGACAAGAUUAAGGACCCCAAUGGAAAUAAGUUAGACAGUCUUCGAUGACACUGACUUUUUGGGUUAUCCUGGGUGGCAAAUCCUCUGGGUUAAUUGUUUCUUGGGAUUCUCAAUAAGCCACACCAACAACGGUGCUACAGCAGCAGCAGCAGCUGACGGUGGUACAGCAGCAACAGACGAUGCUACAGCAGCAGCAGACGAUGCUACAGCAGCAGCAGACGAUGCUACAGCAGCAGCAGCAGCUGACGGUGGUACAGCAGCAACAGACGAUGCUACAGCAGCAGCAGACGAUGCUACAGCAGCAGCAGACGAUGCUACAGCAGCAGCAGCAGCUGACGGUGGUACAGCAGCA